AUGCUGGAAAUGCUCCGAGUCAACAAAGCGGCUUCAUUCCCUUUAUUCCAACAACGACGUCUUUUACGCCCUGUCGACAUUCCUCGUUUGCCAUCUGCCAACAGAAUCGGCCUCAGCCAACAUUCGUCUCCUUGGUUACGCGUCAUCUCUUUUGGUGGCUCUUCGCUUACCUCUGCCUCCACACCAAAAACAAAUGCCGACAAUGGCGGUCCUCUCAUUGUGCUCAAAGCUCUUCGUGCUGAGCUAGGUCAUCCUUUACAACUCCACAAGUACCCAACAAGGGCAUGGGAUACGAAUCUGCUUCCAACAAACGAAGGCGUCUUGAUGCAGAUGAUUCUUCAAUCAUCACGGGUCGUUUCUCUCGGGACGUUAUCGGAUGGUGCCAUUGUUGAACGAAUAGUGCUGAGUACUGGUAUACGUGGUGAUCAAGUCAUGGAUGGAUGGGUGAUGAUUCUUCGGGCUGAUGAUGAUAAGAUAGCACAUGGACAACAACAACAACCGCGUUCUAUACUUGCAACCACCCAUUGUCGACAUUCCUCGUUCGCCAUGCGUCAACAGAAUUGGCCUCGGCCGACAUUCGUCUCCUUGGUCACGUGUCAUCUUUUGGUGGUCCAUUGCUUGCAUGUACCCGUUUUGGCUUCCUCUCUCUUACACCACGUUAAACAACUUGGACGCUUGGCAAUGACACUUCCCGUGAAAAACGAUAUCAACAGUUUACCCGUGCUCGAGAUUGUGGUGCUGUUCUUGUUCAGCUUGUCUAGUCCAAAGGUACGCAACAAGGCUAUGGGUUAUGAGUGUACUGCCACUAACCAAAGGCUUCUUUUCAAACUUGCCUAG